AUGGCGCUGCUGCUGCUGCUGCGGAUGCUGCUGCUGGGUGCGGGGCUGGGCCCGGCCUCCGCCCAGGAGUUCCGGCUCCGGGACGUCGUGCGCGGGAACUACGACAUGGCCAAGGUGUCGGGGACCUGGUACACGAUCUCCAUGGCCUCGGACGACAUGAAGAGGAUCGGCAGAGACGGGGACCUGCGGGUCUACAUCCGGGACAUCCACAACCUGGACAAUGGGGGCCUGAAGUUCCGGUUCUUCUUCUCGGUGCAGGGGGGCUGCGAGCCAGUGGACAUCGUCUGCGAGAAGACGGACAAGGUCGGGGUGUACACGCUGGCCUAUGGUGGGGAUAACAGGGUGCUGGUGGCAGAGACGGACUACCACCUGUACGUCACCUUCCACCUGCACAACGUCAGGAACGGCUCGGCCACACAAGUGCUGGCCCUCUACGGUUUGCGGCCGUGUGCCGCAGGCACGGGCUGGGGCCCCGGAACAUUGUCACCCUCACCCGCGACGACGCGUGUGCCAGGAAGUAGAUGCCCGCCAGGCCGCAGGUUCGUGAGGCCCUUGCUGGGGGGGGGCACGGGGGGCAUCAGGGACCUGCCCCCCAAGGCGGCCUGGCCUCGCCGCACUGCAGGCCUCACCUGCCACAGUGGGGGCCACGGGAGGGGGCCUGAGUUAGCGCCCUGA